AUGAAGAGAAUUGAAGAAGGACAAUAUCAAGUCACAUUUUUGACACUUCGGCAAUAUCCUGAAGAAUUUUUUAAGUACUUUCUUAUGUCAAUAACGUCGUUUGAUACACUAAUUUUGCUGUUUGGAAAAUAUAUACAAAAACAGAAUACAAAUAUGCGUAUGUCUAUAACUCCUGAAGAAAGGUUAACGGUGACGAUAAGAAUAGUUUUGGAAACGUGUGAUGUUAUUUGGCAAAUAUUGCAACCCAUUGAAAUGGCAGCACCUACUACUCAAGAUUGGCUAGAAAUAUCAAAUGGAUAUUUUAAAACAUCACAAUUUCCUAAUUGCGUUGGAGCUGUUGAUGGCAAACACAUUAGGGUGGAAUGUCCAAAAAAUAAUGUUGGUUCUUAUGGAAAAGAAAGCGACUGCAACAUUUUCAAAAUAUCGUCUUUCGGGAAAAAACUGUAUUCAAACCAAAUUAAUUUUCCUCCAGAUAACAAUUUACCAGGUGAUGAUUUUGGUGAACCUCAACCAUUUGUAAUUGUGGGCGAUGAAGCUUUCGCCCUACAUAACAAUUUGUUAAGACCGUUUCCUGGUAGGGCAUUAAAUGAUCAAAGAAGGAUAUUCAACUACCGACUAUCAAGGGCCCGACAAACAAUAGAAUGUUCCUUUGGCAUUUUAUCUCAAAAAUGGAGAGUUUCCCAAACUAGCAUUUUAGUUGAUCCUACUAUGGCUACUACUAUCACAAAGGCAUGGUGUGUCUUACAUAAUUUUAUUCGACGUCGGGACGGAUAUAAUAUCAAACACACUCUCAGUUGUCCUCUGGAGCGUAUAACUGAAAGAAGAGGAGUGGACAAUUCUUAA